AAGACACGCCCGUAGGAGGUUCAUACAAGUCCAUGUGUUUGGGCGGACCGCUUCAUCAAGAGUGACGGCACGGCCGUGAUUUAGCUUUGAUCGUACUUUCGCCCUGCUUGAAAACAUGAGGGAGGUGAUCAGUGUGCACGUGGGCCAGGCCGGCGUCCAGAUGGGCAACGCCUGCUGGGAGCUCUACUGCCUCGAGCACGGCGUCCAGCCCGACGGACAGAUGCCAUCCGACACCAACGCUGCCAAUGACGACAGCUUCAACACGUUCUUCUCCGAGACCGGCUCCGGGAAGCACGUGCCGCGAGCUAUCUUUGUCGAUCUGGAACCCACUGUUGUUGACGAAGUCCGCACGGGAACUUACCGGCAGCUUUUCCAUCCAUCUCAACUGCUCUCGGGCAAAGAGGAUGCUGCCAACAACUACGCGAGGGGGCAUUACACUAUUGGUAAGGAGGUUAUUGAUCAGUCACUGGACCGCAUCAGAAAGCUGGCCGACCAGUGUACCGGUCUGCAGGGAUUCCUGAUCUUCCACUCGUUCGGCGGCGGCACCGGCUCCGGCUUCACCUCGCUGCUGAUGGAGAGACUUUCCAUCGACUACGGCAAGAAGUCAAAACUGAGCUUCUCCAUCUACCCUGCACCGGAGGUUGCCACUGCCGUCGUGGAGCCUUACAACGCAGACCUGUUUACCCACACCACUCUGGAGCAUACUGACGUCGAGUUCAUGGUCGACAACCAGGCCAUCUACCAGCUCUGCCAGAAGAACCUGGACAUCGAGCGUCCGACCUACACCAACCUGAACCGUCUGAUAGGCCAGAUCGUCUCCUCCAUCACGGCCUCGCUGCGCUUCGAGGGAGCGUUGAAUGUUGACCUGACCGAGUUCCAGACCAACCUGGUGCCGUACCCUCGCAUCCACUUCCCGCUGGUCACCUACGCUCCGGUCAUCUCGGCCGAAAAGGCGCAGCACGAGAGCCUUUCCGUCUCGGAGAUCACUCAGGCCUGUUUCGAGCCGUCCAACCAGAUGGUCAAGUGUGAUCCGCGCGAGGGCAAGUACAUGGCCUGCUGCCUGCUCUACCGCGGUGACGUUGUCCCCAAGGACGUCAACGCCGCCAUCGCAGCCAUGAAGGCAAAGAGGAGCAUCGAGUUCGUGGAAUGGUGCCCGACGGGAUUCAAGGUGGGCGUCAACUAUCAGCCGCCGACCGUGGUGCCCGGCGGAGACCUGGCCAAGGUGCAGCGCGCCAUCUGCAUGCUGGCCAACACGACUGCCAUUCGCGCCGCUUGGGCUCGGCUCAACCACAAGUUCGACUUGAUGUUCGCCAAGCGCGCCUUCGUGCACUGGUACGUCGGCGAGGGCAUGGAGGAGGGCGAGUUCGCUGAGGCCCGUGAGGACCUGGCCGCGCUGGAGAAGGAUUACGAAGAGGUGGAGGCUGGGGGUGAUGAGUAUGAGGAGGGAGACGAUGAAUAUUAGCUGGAGGAAAUGACGUCAAAAGCGUCGGCAUCAUGAUGACGGGAAACGGAAUGAAAUCAACGAACGACGGGUAUUAGAAGAGAGGAUAUUUGAAGUCUUCGUCACACAAAGUGCACUCUUAACAAGCCGUAUUUCUGAAAGUCUGAGGCAUUGCAGCUCUAUUUGUACUAGCUGUACAGAAACAGAUGUCGCUUGUGUUUUCGUAUGGUUCAUAACGUUGUUUCAUUCAUUUCAUUCGUAAUAUUCAUGGCGUCAUUAUUUUUGUUGAAUAUACUAUAAUCAGUAUUAUACUAGCGAUCUCACUUGCAUAGCUAAUUAGGACAAUGCUCCACUUGCCAUAUCUCAGGUAGGAUUUCGUAGAUGAGUAGUUUUCUCGAAGGUUUGUGUGAUGCUUUUCUCUGCGAUGGCUGACGUAUCAUCUAAUUCUACAUGCACCAUAAUGCAAAUGAUCGCAAGUUCGACGAUUACCUUACCAAUCGUCACUACGUGUAUGCUAAGUGUGGCAGUGACGAAUACACAUUAUGUACCCUGCA